AUGUCUGACAUGAGAUCAGAAUCUGAUUCCAAAUGGCCAAGAUUCUUCAGAGGAAAGUCAGUGGAAGGUUUCUGGAAAUUCAACAGAAAGCAACAAACUUCCACAGGUGAACUCUGUGGAUCACCAACUUCUGAAGUCAAAUGGCGCAGCAGAAGCACUCGAUCUCAUUCCACCGAUGCAACCUUCCAAUCAUCCCGGACCGAUUCGUUUAUUCAACUCAUGCACACUGGUAUGGAUCAAAUUCGAGAAGGAAUGCGUAUUUUUAGAGCACGAGCCAGGAGUAUGCGACCAACUUCAAGACCGCCACCGUCACCAAGAACUCGCAGAGCCAGGUUCUCUAAUGGAAGCACCAACAAUGUUCAGAAACCAGUGGAUAAGGAUGUGGACAUCCAUCAUGAAAUUCCACUUGCAACAACAGAACCUUCCUUCAGUCCAGAACCUCGCAAUAAUGUUGAUUCCCACCAGAUUAUGACCAGAACCGUUAGUGUCAAUGACUCAGAUGACCAGAGUUUCGAAGAAAACGGGCUUCGAGAAAUCCGAGAAAGAAAAGUGAUGUUUAAAGCGGCAACUCAAGAACACGUGGCACCAAUUCAUGAGCGAUCCAGUCCAGUUGAAGAGUGGUCAAGUGACUCAAGAGAAAGUCUUCACCUUGAAAUGUCUCGUUAUGAUAAUGUGUCACCCAGUGGCACUAUCACCAGAAGUCAACGCGAGCCCAUUAGCAACCUUUCUCCUGCCGCCCAAAUGCUCUUUUUUGAAUCGUCUCGAGCCAGUCAACUGUUCUCUGCAUAA